AUGGGCGGUUUAGAGAAUGGAGAGACCAAUAACCAAAACUCAUCUCUUUCGACGAUUAAGGUCACAAAGACAAGUCUCUCACCGGAUUCCAUAAUCAAUCUUGAUCAGGGCGAUCCAACGUUGUUCGAACCAUACUGGAGGAGAAUGGGAGACAAGUGCACGGUGGUGAUUGGAGGGUGUGAUUUGAUGAGCUAUUUCAGUGAUGUUAGCAACAUUUGCUGGUUUUUGCAGCCACAACUUGGUGAUGCCAUCAAGAGAUUGCAUCGUGUCGUUGGAAAUGCAGUAACAGAGGAUCGCCACAUCGUGGUUGGGACUGGUUCCACACAGCUCUUAAUGGCUGCUCUAUAUGCUCUCUCUUCUCCUGCUGAUCGCCACCCCGUCAGUCUUGUAGCGGCUGUUCCUUAUUACUCGGGAUAUAAAGAUCAGGCCGAAUUCCUGCGUUCAGGACUCUAUAAGUGGGCAGGAGAUGCGCAUACCUUUGAUGAGGAUGGACCUUAUAUUGAGAUCGUAACCUCGCCAAAUAACCCUGAUGGUGCUGUCCGAGAAGCUGUGGUGAACCGCGAAGAAGGGAAGCUUGUCCAUGACCUUGCCUACUACUGGCCACAAUACACUCCUAUUACUCAACCCUUGGAUCAUGAUAUUAUGUUGUUCACAUUUUCCAAAUGCACUGGACAUGCUGGUUCCCGGAUUGGCUGGGCAAUUGUCAAGGAUAAAGAGGUAGCUAAAAAGAUGACAGAAUACAUGGUGAUCAGCUCCAUUGGUGUAUCGAAAGAAUCCCAGCUUCGAGCUGCAAAGAUUAUUGGAGUACUUAGCGAAUAUUGUCAACACUUUAUGACUGCUGAUUCAGAGAACUUCUUUGAGUAUAGCAGUAGCAUUCUGAAAGAAAGGUGGGGGAGGUUGCGAAAUGUUGUUAAAAACAGCAAAAUCUUCAGUCUGCCAAAGUACCCACAAGGUUACUGCAACUUCAGCGGAAAGUACACAGACCCAAAUCCUGCUUUUGCAUGGUUGCACAGCAAGGAGGAUAUAGACUGGGAGAGUCUUUUAAGAGAGCAUAAGAUAAUAGCAAGAAGCGGGCAGCGGUUUGGGGCUGGUCCAAAGUAUGUCAGAAUUAGCAUGUUUAGUCCGCCAGAAAUGUUUAACCUUUUCUUGGAGAGGCUAUCAGCAAUCAUCGUCAACACCAAUGGAAAUGUAGUGACUUGA